AUGUAUGUUAAUNAGCCAUUAACAUCUACAACUGACAAACGAGCUGCCUUAUUAUUUAAAGUAAUCAGACAACCUUAAUAAUCAUAAUUUGAAUCUUAAGAAUAUCCUUAAGUUAAUGUACCAAUGCCUGUACCUACACAUACUCUAAUGUCUCAGUAAGUUCCAUAGACUGCUAGAAAUUCAAAUAGUCGUAAAAUAGAAUUGCCAACCAAAACAAAUAGAGCAAGGAGUCAAUCUCCACAAUUCAAGAAUGUUGUUCUUGUUACAAAAGCAGAAGAAUAACCUAUAUCAAUUAAAUAAUCAUCAGAUAAUCUCACAUAAAAAUUCAUGUAACUAGGUGAGAAAUUUUCAUAAGAAAAACUUUAAUAAGUUGUUCCUCCUAUUGAAGAUAAUGAUAAUUUUAAAGAAAUCAAUGAUAUGAUUACUUAAUAAGAAGAAGAGUUGUAAAAAUAGAUUGAACAAUUAGAUAAUCAUAUUAAAAUUGAUUCGAAAUUGAGAAAAACAAAUAAUAUUGAUAAUAAUAAUAACAUAGCAAAUUUUGCAAACGUAAACAGUAAUAAUUAAGAACUUUAAUAAUUGAAGCAAAAAUAUACUGAACUAGAUGAUAAAUAUAAUAAAGCUUUAGAAGAAAACUCACACUUAAAGAGAAUCAUUAGAUAAAGUGGUGAGUAAUUAAAGAAAUAAAACUAACUUUCAUAAUCAGGAUAUAAAUAACUUACUGAUAAUGUUCUAAAUUACUCUACAGUCUCUAAUUAGGAAUAAUUUGAAAGAACUAUAGAAAAAAAGAAUUAGAUCAUUAAAGAUUUAUCAAAUUAAUUAUUAGAAUUAGAAAAGAAUUCUAAGGCUACUGUUAUUGAAUAAUUACGUAAUUAGAUAGCUAGAUUAGAAUAAUAAACAAUAGAAAAAGAAGAAUAAUGGUAGAUCUAAGAAAAAUUAUAUAAAGAAAAGAUUUUUCAAUUGUUCUAAAAUACAGAAUGA